ACUCCAUUAGUUUAUGAUUCAUUCUCCCGUGUGUCUGGUAUAUAUGUACCUCAGGAGUCCUCAAGCUUACUCGAUUUUUCUUAAUAUUUUUAGAACAUAUUGCCUUACGAGUGCAUUCGUAUUCGUUAACUUGACCGUUCGUUCUUCGAAGUGAACGUAAUCGAUCGAACGUGACUGAUACCGCAGUGUUUCAACGAUUAAAGAGUGACAUAUAUAAAUCUAUGGUUUGCGCGUUCCGACAGAAGCGAGGGAGAGGAGAGGAAGAGAGAUGGGUUGGUGGAUGAAUUACUACAAUUUGCUUAAUAGUUAAUAGACUCAAUUCCUCCGUUUUUUUUUUAUUUGUGGCGACUUCAGCCUCGAUAAACAUGGAUCCAUGGGAUUGUAUUUAAAGAACAGAUGCACAAUGUUGUAGAUUAUGUAGAAAUAACCCAAAUGUGAAGGCUAAGCGCGAAUACCGGACCUUGCGCACCAAAGUCCGGCGCUUUAGCCAUAUCUCAAACACCGUGCGUCUAGACUUCAAAUUUCUGGUAUGCUUUUACGAUCCAUUCACGAUGCCCGCAUAUGCGACCAUACUGCCAUAUCUCAUCCUAGGAAUGUUAGGUCCUAUAUUGGGACACGAUGUCAAAGGUUCUUCGGUUUGCGAAUUUUACAAUGAAACAAUGUGUGCAGAAUCCCAGCAAGAAUGCUCUGGGAGAGAAGAAUGUGGGCCACAUGAUCCAGGCAAAAGAAAUCAUUGUUAUGUAUUGUGGCAGAUUGACAAUGCCACUAAGAAAUCUAUAAUUAAGUUAAAGGGGUGCUUUUUGGAUAGUAAUGAUUGCUAUGACAGACCACAUUGUAUUGAAAAUAGUGCAGAGAGGAAAAAAGAGUUAUUUUUUUGUUGCUGUGAUGGAAAUAUGUGUAAUCAGAAUUUUACAUGGGAUCCUCAUCCAACUUCUUCUUCCAAGCCUAUUUUGCAUGAUCCAGAACCUGUUCCAAAUACAGAGCAACAAAUAAUAACACUUGUUUUAUCAAUAUCAAUACCUAUGCUUCUUCUUGCUAUUGUUCUGCCAUUUUUGUAUUGGUGUUAUAGACGACGGAAGUUGAGAUAUUUCAACGAGGUACCAACAUUAGAACCUCUUCCAUUGCCACAACCAUCUCCUAAUUUGGGAUUACGUCCAAUACAACUUUUAGAGAUUAAAGCUCGUGGUCGUUUUGGAGCAGUGUGGAAAGCACAAUUGAAAAAUGAAAUUGUUGCUGUAAAAGUAUUUCCUAUACAAGACAAACAGUCUUGGCAAACUGAACAAGAAAUUUUCAAACUUGCACAUAUGGAUCAUGAAGACAUUUUGCGUUUCAUAGGCGUUGAGAAAAGAGGAGAUAACUUACAAACUGAAUUCUGGUUAAUUACUGCAUACCAUGAAAAAGGUUCAUUAUGUGAUUACCUGAAAGCAAACGUUGUUACAUGGCCUGAGAUGUGUAGAAUAGCAGAAUCUAUGGCAAGAGGCUUGAUGCACUUACAUGAAGAAAUUCCUGCCAAUAAAGCAGAUGGCUAUAAACCUGCUGUGGCUCACAGGGAUUUUAAGUCAAAAAAUGUAUUACUGAAAGCUGAUAUGAGUGCCUGUAUAGCAGAUUUUGGUUUAGCCCUAAUAUUUCAUCCUGGAAAACCUUGCGGCGAUACACAUGGACAGGUUGGAACAAGAAGGUACAUGGCACCAGAGGUUUUAGAAGGAGCCAUUAAUUUCACGAGAGAUUCAUUUUUACGAAUCGAUAUGUACGCUUGUGGUCUGGUGCUUUGGGAAUUGGCUUCACGAUGCACUGUACAGGAUGGACCAAUUGGGGAAUAUAGAUUACCUUUUGAAGAUGAAGUAGGUCUCCAUCCCACUUUAGAAGACAUGCAAGAAAGUGUUGUGCACAAAAAAGAAAGGCCAGUUAUCUUAGAAACGUGGCGUAAACAUCCCGGACUUCAGUCAAUUUGUGAUACAAUGGAGGAGUGUUGGGAUCAUGAUGCUGAAGCACGCCUUUCAGCUUCUUGUGUAAUGGAAAGAGUUGCUACAUUGAGUAGGACACUUGUUUUAAAUUCGUCAACGUUAAUACGAGUUGAUAAUACCAACGAGACUAUCACCACUAAGGAAUCUAGUAUGUAGUUAAUCUAUGUGUAUUAUAGCUUUAGUGAAAUUGCACAACCAUUUGCUGUAUCAUAAUUUUUACAUAUACAUCAAUGAGGAAUGUUAAAAUAUUGCAUAUCCUGAGAACUAGUUUGUUUUUAUGUCUUUAUUUCUUUUUUAUAUAAACAUUUUGUUGCAACUUACUAUAAAUAAUCAUGAAAUUAUUAUUUAUCAGAAGUGUUACUAUCUUCUUAGUGGGGUAAAGUAAACAUAUAAAGAUUCCUACUUUCUUUUUUUUAAUUCAUAUAAAUAGUAUGUUUUCCAAACACAGAGCAAUUACAUUCCUCGUUGAUGUCAACUAUGCAGUGAUUGUUCUGAGAUGACAAAGUGAAUACUAGCCAAGUGAAAUUUAAUGAAUAAUUUUUAUCUAUAAAUCAUAUUGUAUGUGAAUUGUUACAAAGAAGAUGCCUCAACAAUUUUAUACAAAGUACCUGGUAGAAACAGUCAAGUUAACUGAUUGGAAGCCAUGGGGAAUUUAUUAGGCUUUCUGCAUGAAAUUAAUAAGUUAAUCUAAUUAUUUUGCAUUUUAUACAUUAUUUAAGGUGGUUACCUUGUUUCUGAAAAUAAAAUUGUAUCCAUGAACAUGUUUUUAUAUAAGAAAAAUUUUUUUUCUCUUUAAAAGUUAUUACGUUCCACAUUCAGUACGCGUGUAAUUUAUUUCAAAUUUAUUUUAGUUUAUAGUAAGACAUGAUCUGAUAAAUAUGGUAAUUAGUUUUUUUUAAUUUCAAACAUAAUAUAUUAAAUAAUCAAAAUUAAUGCUACUGGAAUGUUCAUGGAUUAAAUUUUAUUGGGCAAAGUGAAAGUCUUCCUUUAUAUGUUUUGCUUCUCUUGUAUUAAUUUUUUUUUUAAUAAUAUUACACAAUUGUGUAAAAAAAGUUCUCGAAUUAGUACACGUGUAAUCUAGUUUUGAAAUGAAUCUUGCAUCCACUAUAUGUACAGUGGAUAUCUAAGGCGUUAAAUACAUCAUUAUUAUGUGCUAUUUAUAUUGUUGCGCCGAGAAGAAUUAUCACAAGAGGGUUUUAAUAAUUACACGCAAAUAGAAGAAUCCCGAAGUUCACCUUGACGCAACAAUAUUAUUUAAGAUAUCUAAGAAAACGGCGCAUCUUGCUUGAACCAAUAUAUGACAGUCCACAUAAUAGAUAUUGUAAUAAAUAUUUUCAUUAUGCUUAUUCAGUAUAUGCUUAAAUCUUAUUAGUUUUCUUAUGCACCAUCAAACAAACCAAUAUUUUUUAAACAAAAUUUUGUGCAAGUAAUAUAACAAAUUAUGUUAUUCCUUGUUAGAAUGAAAAUAUGUAAAAUGGACAUUGAGACAAUACUUUUCAAAGUUGAGAAUUUUUUAUCAAUUUUAGAUAUCCUUUCAAUUAGACUGAAUAAAUUUAAGAAACGUACAAGAUAAUUUUAAUUUUCUUCUUUUUAAUAAUGGCCAUUCAAGAUGCACGUUUAAAAUAAUGUUUGUUUAAAUUGUAGUUCUAGUAAAUGAAUUGCGAGUAAAUGAUUUCUUUUACUUGCUCUGAAUUUUUUUCAUUAGAGUUAAACUAAGAGAUAAGUUUGGUUCAGUUUAAAAAUACAUCAUUAAUCGAUCAAACUGUGUUCAUAAAUCACUGAGUUUUACAGAAUGAAAUUAGUUUGCUGUAUUCGAGAUUGCAUAAUUGCUCUACAAGCUGUGAUAAUAAAUACGUGGAUUAAGUAUCGUAACCGACACGAAUAAGGCCUAAAUAUAUUUCAGAUGUUGCUCAUAAUUCAUCAUCAUAAUUUAUCAGAGCAAGUAAAAGAUAAACAAAUUGUUUUAUCUUUGAUACCGGGCUUUAGCAGUGCCAAAAGACUAAUAUUAUAUGCACACAUUGCAGCUUCAUCUUUGUAUAUUGAUUUUUUAGCUAUGUAAGAGACACUGAAAUCGAUAGUAUAUACCAAUCAAUCUUUAAUAUAUGAUGUUAUAAAUAGAAAAUUAAUCCAUAAUUGAUUCUAUAAUAUUAUCUUUAUUUUAUAAAAUUAAGGAUCUUUAUGUAUAAUAUUUAUCACCUCAAUGCAAUAUAGUUAUAACGAUGUUAAAUGAUUAGAGAAUCAUAGACUACAGAGUUUAUUUAACAGUUAAUUUUAUGCCAUCACAUAUUUAAAUCAAUCAUUUUACACGUUUCAAUCAAUUAUGGAUUAAUUGCGUGACUAUUUAAGAAUUUAACAAAUUUUUGGACUUUUACAUAUCGAAAAGCAGAGAACUGCGUUAUUUAUAAAAACGAUUUCACUUUCAGUUCUUUCAUUUCAUGUACGCUGUAUAUGCCGAAGAAUCUGUUUGUAAAAAUUAUGUAAAAAUAAUAUUGUAAUCUCAUCAUUGCUAAAACUUGUUACAUAGUUACACGACUCAAUAGAAAAUCUUUGUGUAAAAAUUUAAGGAGCGAUGCAUUUGAUACAAGGAAAUCAGUCUGUCAAGUUAAGACUGAAGUACAAGUAAAAUGAUUAUUUGUGAUAAGAAAAAGUGUUUUUGAUUUUAUGCCUACAGACUCAAAAGAAUGCAAUGGUGAGGUGAUAUUUUAAAAACAUCAUGUACAUAGAUAUAUAGACAUACAAAUCAUAGGCGUGCAUACAAUGUAUCGUGUUACACCGCUUAUCUCUUACUGAAUCAUAUCCCAUAAAUAUAUACAGAAGGUUAGGUUUUAAUAUUGACAGUACCACAAUGGCAUUCCAGUCACAUAUAAUAUACUGUAUACUAAUGUAAAUCAAUAUUGUAAUUUUUGACUUUUAGGGUAUAGAAGUUCUUAUCAACAUCAUUAAUGUAAACUAAGAGAUAGUUUCAUUGUUUCUUUCACUUUGUAUUACAGUCUCUUACGAUUUCAAAUUGUAUAAAUACUUCGAUCAGUAAUUUCAGCUUUAUCGAAAAAGUAUUAAAUUUUAUAUACGUUUCUUUUUUUUUGUAUGAAUCAAAUAUUGUACUCGUUGAAAACCUGUGUUUGACAAACCCUGAAUUUUUCUAAUCAGUUAUACUCGUAUUUGCGUGACGUAAAAUAUCAUUUUAACAUCACAUUUGUAAAUAUAAUGAGCAUCUUUUGUAAUUUAGCGUUAAAGUAUCAAAAUAUUUCCGAUACCGUAAUCAGUUUCAUAUCAUACGUGACAUACAUACAUGUCAUUUAAUCGCAUUGUCUGUUUCUGGUACUGUUGUUGUUACUACUGAUAUACAAUUUUGAAGAAUUACCUAGUGAUUUUUUGUAAUACUUUGUUUAUUACGUAUUUCGCUUGUAUCACAUUGUAUCAUAAUCUAGACUAAUCAGACAUAUGUCUGUGUUUGGUCUGAAUAAAAAGAAUUGUAAAUAAGAUUUAAGCGAAAUAUACCUUAGAAGUAAGAUCAUUGAGAAACAAAGUAAUUUCUUAAUUAUCGUUUAAAAAUAAUACAAUUCAUAGCAAUAGAAUGUUCCUACACAUAUUGGAUGUAACCGUUUUCAAAAUCAUAGUAACAAAUUUCUGCGAUGAUAGAUGAAUUUUUAUAUAUCACUACAGCGUUGAAAACGUUACUUUCACACUUGAUACUAAUAAAACUGUAUCAAUUAUGGAACAUCAUCUUUUUCACAAAAUUGUAUAAAAGGAAUGUUGGUUACAGAGAAAGUUCCUCAGAAUAUGAAACGAUCAUGGUAUCGACUAUAGAUAUAAUAUUAUAGAAGAGAAGGAAUAAAAACAGAUUGGUGCUUGGAAGAAUACUAUAACAUUUUUUAAUCUAAGUAUGUAGAUAAUUUUGUCUUUGUUUUAAUUAAUAAUAGGAAUGAUAACAAACGAUCAUUUGUCACAACUAUUUACAGCUGUUUUAUAGCAGUUUAUUUUGUCAAUAAUGUAAUAUAUUAUAUAACGUAAUCUGCUUAGUUAAAGGCACGUGAAGUAAUAAACAUUGUAGUAAGCGA